CAUCCUCUCUUUCUUCUUCUCUCUUUCUCUCUCGCUCUCUCCAUUUUCAUCUCCUUCCUCUCCUUACCCAAAAACCCUAAUCCAACUCCAAUGCCCUAAUCCGUUUCUCUCUUUAUAUUCACCCUAACAUGUUACAACACCUUCCCUCAGAAUCAGACGCUCUUAAUUCCAAUUCCAGCCAAAAUUCUAUGAGCAGCGAGAGUUGUAGUAGCUUCAGUCGUCUUUCAUUUGAUGCCGCCAUUGAUUUACCCACUUCCCGAUCUUCACCCGCCAGUCUCCAUUUAAAGCCUCAUCGUUCAUCUGAUUUCGCUUACUCCGCUAUUCGUCGUCGCAAAUCUAAACUCACGUUUCGUGAUUUUCGGCUUCUCCGUCGGAUUGGUGCUGGUGACAUUGGUACUGUUUAUUUGUGUCAGUUGAGGAACUUGAGUAAAGGGUGUUGUUACGAAGAUGAAGAUGACGAAGACGACGACGACGUCGACGACGAGUAUGAUGAUGAUGAUGUUUCGUGUUUGUAUGCGAUGAAAGUCGUGGAUAAAGAAGCGUUGGAAUUGAAGAAGAAAGUUCAUAGAGCGGAAAUGGAAAGGAAAAUAUUGAAGAUGCUUGAUCAUCCGUUUUUGCCUACACUUUACGCUGAGUUUGAAGCUUCUCAUUUCUCUUGUAUUGUUAUGGAGUUUUGUUCUGGUGGGGAUUUGCAUUCUCUCCGCCAUAAACAGCCACGGAAACGCUUCUCUCUCACCUCCGCUAGAUUUUAUGCAGCGGAAGUUCUUGUUGCUUUAGAGUACCUUCAUAUGCUUGGAAUCAUUUACCGAGACCUUAAACCGGAGAAUGUUCUCGUCCGAUCAGACGGUCACAUUAUGUUAUCGGAUUUUGAUUUAUCUCUCUGUUCCGACGCCACCCCUGCCGUUGAAUCACCAAACUCUUCCCCCAACACGGCAUUUCCCGAAACAACGGCGUACCCCAAAACUAACCCUGCUGUUUCCGCCACCUCCGCAGCUCCUUUUUCCUGCCUAUACAACCGGCUUUUCCGGUCGAGGAAGGUCCAAACUCUGUCUCCCAACUGGCUCUUCGUCGCUGAGCCCGUUUCCGCUCGGUCCUGCUCCUUCGUUGGUACCCACGAGUACGUCUCGCCGGAAGUUGCCGCCGGCGGGUCUCACGGUAACGCCGUCGACUGGUGGGCCUUUGGAAUUUUUCUCUACGAGUUGAUCUAUGGCCGGACGCCGUUUGCGGCUUCGUCGAACGAGACGACGUUAAGAAGCAUUAUAAAGAAGCCGUUGACGUUUCCGACAGCCGUGCCGUCCGGCGCGCUUGAACACCACGCGCGGGACCUCAUAUCCGGAUUGCUCAACAAGGACCCGACCCGGAGACUGGGGUCGAAACGCGGGUCCGCCGACAUUAAGAAGCAUCCAUUCUUCAAAGGUCUCAACUUCGCGCUAAUUCGAUCGCUCACUCCUCCGGAAGUCCCCGGGGUUCGACGGCGGAAGGCGACCCCAGCUCCGGUGGCGAAAACUAAGGAUCACAAGUCCGGUCAGGCGACCGGGUUCGAUUAUUUCUGAAUUGAGAUAAUCAAGGGUGAGUAGAAGGCCACGUGGCGCAACGAAACUGCCGAAUUUUGUCACUGGCAGAUGACAGUCAAAACGUGUAUAUUCGAUCUGCUCCUAUUUUCCACCUCUCCACGUCGACUUUGACGUAUGUUUAAGUGACCUCGUCGUGAUAUUAUUAGAUUGCGAUUAUAACUUCGGAAAAAAGAAAAAAGAGAAAAAAAAAAGAAUUUCAAGUAGAGGAAUAUAACAACUCUGAAAUUAUUAUUCA